CCUCGCAAGUUUCAUUUCAAAAGCUGUUUAUUAUAUUUUUCAACCGACUUCAGCUAACAUCUCUUGCUCACGAACGUCCCAAUAUAAAUAAAUAUUGAUUCUACUGCUAUUCAUUCUAUUCAUUCUACUGAUUCGUAAAUAUUUACUCAUUGCUGCAGAACUUUGUAAAUAUACUUUCAAAGAAGAAAAUUUUAAUUUAUUCUAUUAUUUCUAUUUUUUCUAUUAUUUCUAUUUCUGGAAAAAUGUACCCAUUGGACAACUGUUAUCCGCUUCGCUACGUAAAUAAAGCCGAAAAUAUCAUCAGAAUUCGUCGCUUUGAUGGCAGCUAUCAAGAUGUUUUCCUCCCAAUUACAUGGGAUAAUUUAGAAGACAAAUUGGUCAGCGAAAAUUGCGAUUACGGUCCAAUUAUGCCGCCAGAUUAUCAAGACCACUACACGUACGCUCAGCAGCAUUUCUACAUAAGCCGCUACAUUUCAUUAAGCAGGUACGACGGUAUGCACAUUAUGCAUUGUUUCAUUAACGGCUGGUGGCUGAUUGGCGACGGCAUCGCGCAUGCAAUUGCACGAUAUGCUGUCAAAGAAGAAAAAAGGGUUAUAAAGAUGUGGGAUAAUUCAAAGGUGUCCGGUACGAAUAUUUCAGCGAAGCGUUUGAUGCAUAAUAUCAAGCAUCAUAAAAUCCUAGUUCCAAAAAGAAUCAUCCUAUCUAUCGGCUGCCAUGACAUACUGAAAGAAACGUUCAAUAAAUGUUGCUAUAACACAAAGGAGCUGAUUGCUUUUCUAUUGGAUCAAGGCGUCGAAGACAUUUUAAUUUUACCAAAUAUUAAUUCAAAUAUUCUGCCAGAUCAUUCGCUCCGGGGAAAGUUUCGAAAAUGGCUUCGUACCGAUUUAAUCGCGAUGGACCCACCAAUUUUAAAAUAUGCGACUAGCCUAGAAGAAAUUUCAGAUAGAGCUGAUCCUUUCUACAAAGAUGGAGCUGGAAACUAUUAUUCAAACCCGCUGAUCUACGCUGAAAUGGCAUACCGCAUCGUAAAAUUCACUCAAUCUUUAGAAGAAGCUAACCAACUAUGAAUUCGACCGAUAUUUGCGCAAUUUCCGGUUGAUUGAUAUUUGUUCAAUUUAUUCAUCAUGUACAUAUUGCGUAAUUUUCCAGACGAAGAAAUGUAAUUUUAUUUUCAUUUCAUUAAUCGUGUAUUAUUUCUAUUUUAAUCUAUCAAAUAAAAUCAUCAAAAAUACGACCUUGUAAAUAUUUCUUCUAUUUUUAUCCACGAACCAAGCUACGCCUAACCAUCAUCGACAAGCAAAUCUUUGCUUAGUAUAUGAAAAUAGACGGUCGCAGACCGAUAUUAUACGUACAGAGGGUAGGGGGUUGCGAUAAGAAAUCAGGCUUCGAGUACAAAUGAUCCUUAUCUUGAUUCCUCGAAAUAGCAACGACAGCCAAAGCAUACGCAUCGAACCUACCAUUUCAUCAUUCGACUUUUGCUUCUCUUUGUGUUUAGUGCGUACAUCUCUAACGUGGUGAAAUUUUUUCUAUUCUUUCAAAGUUUAAUUUCGUUCUUAUUAUUUCUAUAAUCGGUAAGAUUUACGCAAUGCUGUAUUUUCUUGGUUCGUUUACUCUAUUUUUUCAUAUUUGUUCGAUUAUUUAAACUAGUUUGAAAAAUUCCAGCCAUUUAUUCGCCAUCUCGUGUGUUCAACGCGAAAAAUACGUCGCAAUACCUGGAGAAUAAUUUAUUCUAUUGAAUUGUAAGUACAAGUGUUGAUUUAAUCAUUUAUAAUUUGCAUCGUUCACCGAUUCUGCUGUAAAACACACGAACAUUCGUACCUACCAUAUCACCACGUGCUUCAGGCUACCUAGACAGCCAUUGUUUUAAUAAUUAAUUCAAAUUGAAGAUAAUUACGAAAUUUUCACGUGCUAUUUUUUCUAUUUGAAGUAAUCUUUCAAAUUUGGGAAAGAGUAAAUCAAAAUUCAACAUUUACUUCGGUUCUGUACGUGUGUUUUAGAUAGCUAGCCUAAGUACAUUGCUGUUUUAAUCGUCAAUUUAUUAAUCUGAGUGUUUCAUCGCAGAUUUUCGUUGAUUGGUGAACCGAAUUGUUCAAGAAUUUAUUCACGAUAUGAUCCAGCUUCAUUUUGUUACUGGUACGAUACAUUAAUUCUAUUUCAACCAAAAAUCCAGACGAACGAUUAAUUCUAUUCAUUCUAUUUUGUUCAUUUAGCAUCGAACCUAGUUGCUGUGAUUAAUUGUUUCAAUUGACGAAGAUAUUAAUUUGUUCGACGAUUAUUGAACCGAAAUCUGCGGAAAGUUUAUUCGUUCUGCUAUAUCAUUGGUUGUUGUGCUGAGAUUUGUUCGUUUGUUCGCUACGAUUUUCGUAAAAAAGGCCAAUGGAAAGGUAUCGUGUUCCGGUAUGCCAGUACUGCGGGGAGGAGUUCGUGGCAGGACAAGAAACUGUACGAAAUGAAACCUGUCCACAUACUUAUCAUCGCGAGUGCGUUAAAAGCUUAACUGAGCAGCGUACGCCCGCCGGUAAUUACCGCUAUCUCCCCGCAAAAUGUCAACAUCGAAGUUGCGGCGCGGUUUUGAUUCGACAACACUAUCACAGUGUUAUUUUCCGAUACGAGACGCCUGACAAUAUUUGCACCAACUCUGGACACCGGCAAAGAAUCGCAAAUCUCAGCGACACCAUUGAUUUCCAGCGUGAGCGCAUCAAUGCAUUAAAUGAUUCGCUUCGUGAUGCGGUAGCGCAGAAUGAAAUUAUGACCGGAAGAAUCGCAGAUUUAGAACGUGAAAUUACUCGACUUAGGCGACCAGCGCAGGAUUACCAAGAUUUCGAAGACGAUCUCAACCGUCGAGAUAACGAUGACGACGACGACAUCGGUGAUGCGCAGCAUCAGAUGAUAAAUCACGAUAAUCAGGCUGCUGGAAAUGAAAUUAUUCAUGCCGCCGAAAAUCAAGAAGAUCGAGCUCCAGAUAAUUGCGCAAAUAACGAUAACGGAGCCAACGAUUGUCAAGACGUCGAUGAGCGCAACGACCUUAAUGAACCAAUUGAUCGAGCGUUUGCAGAAGGAUUUGUUCAACCAAACGAACGAGAGAUGCAACGCCGUAUGGACCAAGAGCGAGAUGCUCAAGAUGGUGUAAUUCCAGAGUCGGUUCCAACUGCGGUCAGUGCUCCAGCUCCAUCUGCUCCUAAUCUCGACGAUAUAAACCUCGAGGAGCCUCACCCAUCGAAUUCUGGACCAGUUUUAGUAGCGCCAGAACUGGGAGAAGUAGGAAACGUUGCCGGACCAUCGCGAUUUCGUGAGCCUUUCCGGCCUAGUACACGUAACGUUUUCUCUUCAUUUUACAACUCCAAUAACGUCUUGGUAAACCACGUUAUGCGGAAUGCGACCGAACAGCGCAAUGACCAUCAACCUCGAGGCCAACCGCUGCUAGAUGAUGAAGAUGCCCCGUACGAAGACUUUAGAACGAGGCGCGAAAUACGCGUCUACGAUGGUGGCGUCCAGAGCGCUGUAUUUCCACAUCGACGUGGAAAUAUUAUGGCUAUUUUGAACCAGUCUGGCUACACUUUCAAUCCGCAGAUUCAGCGCGAGCUUCGUCACGAGUAUACUCUGCAUAGCCAGCAGAUGUAUUCUUCAGUUUAUACGAGCUGGUCACCGGACGACCGCCGUCCAACCACCCAUAUUUUCCUGAACGGGUGGUGGGUGAUUGGCGACGGCCUUGCUCACGGUGUUGCGAGAGAACCGCUGAGACGAGAUCCAACGUUGAAAAGUCGCUGGGACCGUAGCCGCUUCGCAGGAAGUUUUCUUUCGGCCAAACGACUUCGCCAUAACAUCCAACAGCACGCUCGUAACGUACCUCGAUUCUGCGUAGUGGCCAUGGGAGGACACGACCUAACGCUUGAGUCCGAGCACACGGCCAGAAUAAACACGUCAGCGCUGAUUCAAUUUUUGUUAGACCAGCGCGUGGAGCGAAUUCUCAUCCUCCCGAUAAUCAUUGCUGACCGACGACCAGAUGCGGAGACUCGUCGAUCUUAUCGCGAAUGGCAGCGAGGAAUUUUGCCUCAAUUAGACAGAUCCCGCGUUACCUAUUUGCAAUUUUUGGAAGAAACAGUAGAUCGCGUCCAGCCUUACCAUGCUGACCUCGCCGGCAUCACAUAUGCGCAUCCGUUCGUACACUUCGAUAUCAUUUACCGUUUGGCUCAUAUGUUGCGUUACUUCGAUUAAUUCUAUACCCGUCAUUUGCGUAAAUCUUUUGUUUUCUGUUUUUUCGUUGUUUGAAUUUGUGAAUUUUGUUAUUUUUUCUAUUUUUUCUAUUUCUAAGUUUGAAAUGAAGACAUGGCGAUUCGGCUGAGCAUUCGAUUUUCGAUAUCACCUUUAUUCUUUUUACAUGUCUUCGUGUAUUAUUUCUAUUAAUUUGGAUUUUUAGUCGCAUUUUUCUUACUGACAGGUAUUUACGAAAUUACCAGUUUAUAUUAGUUCUAUUAAUUCUAAGUUCGUUGAUUUUUGAGUUUUGAAUUACCUAUUCAAAUAUUAUUUCUACUUGUUCUAUGUUAUAUUGAUUCUGUUAUUAUUGCAAUUUGAAUAGCUGUGAGUUAUGUUCCUUUUGUUGUGCCGAAGAUAAAAAUAAAAAAAAAAAUGGCAUGAA